AUGGAGAGAAGGGGUAAGGGAGAUGGAGGUGUGGGGACGGGGGAGAUCAUGGAGAGAAAGGGUAAGGGAGAUGGAGGUGUGGGGACGGGGGAGAUCAUGGAGAGAAGGGGUAAGGGAGAUGGAGGUGUGGGGACGGGGGAGAUCAUGGAGAGAAGGGGUAAGGGAGAUGGAGGUGUGGGGACGGGGGAGAUCAUGGAGAGAAGGGGUAAGGGAGAUGGAGGUGUGGGGACGGGGGAGAUCAUGGAGAGAAGGGGUAAGGGAGAUGGAGGUGUGGGGACGGGGGGAGAUCAUGGAGAGAAGGGUAAGGGAGAUGGAGGUGUGGGGACGGGGAGAUCAUGGAGAGAAGGGGUAAGGGAGAUGGAGGUGUUGGGACGGGGAGAUCAUGGAGAGAAGGGGUAA